AUGCGAUUCUGGAGCGUUGUGAUGUUGUUGGUGGCCGCCGUACUUCUUCUGGGUGGGGAAAGUGUCUCCGCCAGGCGCUCUGCUGACGGAGUUUGUGCCUGUCCGCGCAUAUACGACCCGGUCUGUGGUACCGACCUCAGCACGUACUCCAACCGCUGCCUGCUGGACUGCAAAGUCGAGGAAAUGGCGGCUCGGUCGAUCGAGUUGCGAAUGUUGCGCCACGGAGCCUGUGACGAACCCAUCGAAGAGCCGAUCGAGGAACAGCCGGAGGAAUAA